AUGAACGCGAACCAACGCGGCAACGACGUGCACAUGGUCCAGAAGACGUCCGCGUCCAACGGGCUGGCCAGCACUUAUGCACCUCGAACCUGGUCCGCGCAAGAAAAGGUCCGGACCCGAAGCCACAGGAUUUUCGUCCAAAAGAUGCAGAUGCAUGUUUGUCACAUCUAUGAUCUCGUCAUAAAGCUCCCACAGCAGUUCGGCGCAACCAUCUGUGCUGGUUUGGCUACUCUGGUACGGCAGCUUUUCCUCUUGCAUAUCCCCAACCACUCCCGAACGUCCGCACCGGUCGGAGGAUAUGGAUACCCUGAAGCGGUCAACGGUCGCCCUUGGCUCGUUACGGAAGUUGCAGCGGAACGCGUCGCAGCACUCCCUGUGCUGCACAAGUUCCUCGCGUCAAAGCUUUAUGGCGACGACAUCAGUGAAGAGUUCGCCCAAACUCUUGAGGUCGAUCAGACGAGCUCGAAGCUGCUAUUGCCGUGGGAUGUGCUUCUGGGACACAAGACACGGUGCGGCAACGUGAUACGUUACGCGCGUGCCUCGUGGCUGAUCGAAUCACAGCACCCGAUCGACUUUUGA